AUGCCCUCCAACGACUCGCUCGUGGGCUCGAGCUCGCGCACCUUUUGGUUCCGCGAUGCCAUCGUGUACCAGAUCUGGCCCGCCUCCUUCCGCGACAGCAACGACGACGGCAUGGGCGACAUCCAGGGCAUCAUCCAGUCGCUCGACUACAUCAAGUCGCUCGGCGUAAACACCAUCUGGCUCUCGCCCAUGUACGAUUCGCCCCAGAUCGACAUGGGCUACGACAUCUCGGACUACGAGUCCGUCUACCCGCCCUACGGCACCGUCGCCGACAUGGACGAGCUCAUCAAGCAGUGCCACUCGCGCGGCAUCAAGCUCAUCCUCGACCUCGUCGUCAACCACACCUCGGACCAGCAUGCCUGGUUCAAAGACUCGCGCUCCGCCAAGGACAGCAGCAAGCGCGACUGGUACAUCUGGAGGCCCGCCAAGUACGACGCCGACGGCACGCGCAGGCCGCCCAACAACUGGAGGUCCAACUUCAACCAGCCCGCAUGGACCUGGGACGAGACCACCCAGGAGUACUACCUCCACCUCUUCUGCCCCGAACAGCCCGACCUCAACUGGACCAACGACGACUGCCGCAACGCCAUCUACAAGAGCGCCAUGGAGUUCUGGCUCAAAAAGGGCGUCAACGGAUUCCGCGUCGACACCGUCAACAUGUACUCCAAGCCCAUGGACUUCCCCGACGCGCCCAUCGUCGACGAGGGCGCCGAAACCCAGCCCGCCGGCAUGCUCUACUGCAACGGCCCCAUGAUGCACACCUACCUCAAGGAGAUGGGCGCCAUCCUCGAAAGGUACGACGCCAUGACCGUCGGCGAGCUCCCCAACACGCCCAAGACCGCCGACGUGGUGCGCUACGUCUCGGCGGCCGAAAACGAGCUGAGCGAGGUGUUCCAGUUUGACCUGGUCGACCUCGGCCGCGACCCCGUCGACCUCCUCAAGCUGGUCAAGUUUGGCCUGCCGGACAUGAAGCGCAUCGUCAACAAGUGGCAGCGCUUCACCGAGGGCAACGAUGCGUGGACCACCGUGUUUAUCGAGAACCACGACCAGUCGCGCUCCAUCUCGCGCUUCGCAUCGGACAAGCCCGAACACAUUACCGACUCGGGCAAGCUGCUGGCGCUCAUGAACAUGGCGCUCACCGGUACCGUGUACGUCUACCAGGGCGAGGAGAUUGGUAUGACCAAUGUUCCUUCGACUUGGGGUGCCGAGGAGUACCUCGACGUCAACAGCAUCAACUACUUUGCUGCGGUCAAGAAGCGUACCAACGGCGACAAGGCUGCGUUGGAGCAGGCGGUUCAGAACGUCAACAAGACGGGUCGUGACAAUGCCCGCACUCCCGUCCAGUGGUCGUCGGCUCCCAAUGGAGGAUUCAGCAAGACGCCUACGACCAAGCCGUGGAUGCGAACCAACGACAACUACACCACCAUCAACGUCGCUGCCCAGCAGGACGACCCCGAAUCGGUGCUCAACUUUUACCGCAAGGCCAUCGGCGUUCGAAAGCAGCGUAACUCGCUGCUUGGAAGGGGAGAGUUUAGGUUGGUCGAGGAGGAGGAUGAAAAGAUGUUCAAGUUUAUCAAGAUCGCCGAGGGCGGUGAAAAGGCGUUUGUCGUGCUCAACUUUACUGCCGAGGAGCAGACGUACGAGGUGCCCGAGGAGGUCGGCAAUGUAGAGGCGGUGCUCGAUACGAGGGCCGAUGGCAAAAAGGGCACCCUCAAGCCGUACGAGGGCAGGCUCUACGUUUCCGUCCAGUAG